UUGCUGCGAUGCAAUCCGCGGAUGACGGGGCCCAGCUGCAGUGCUGUGUGACGGUGGAGCAGCUGAACUCCUCCGGCCAGGCCACCCGGAGGCAGGUCAUCCGUAAAGCCUCCGUCAUCCUGGGCCGGAAUGAGUUCCAGGAGAUCUUCCUCCGGGUCCACGACGGAAAAGUCCCGCAAAAUUACCGCCUGAAAGAGUUCAAACUUUUCACCAAGUUCGCCAGAGACGGGAAGUGCACCGUCAAACUUCUCCCUGAAAACAUCCAGGUGCUCAUCUCCAACUGCCCUCCCGACCAGCUGAACCUCUUCCUCAAAACCCUGAGCAUCAAGCACCAGGCCUGGCUGAGCAGCAAGCCUCUGAGCGACAGAGAGAAGCUCAAAGCCGCUCUGCCCCGCAGCUUCGAGGCCAUCAGUCCCCUGCAGCAGAAGGACAUCCAGAAGGUCAACGAGCUGAGGAGUAAAGUGGCUCCCAAAGGGCUGGCAGACCGCACCAAUAAGACUGCUGCAGGAACAGGGCAGCAGGUCAAAAGGCAGAGGAGUGAUUGUAACUUCAGCCCAGUGAAGGCCAACCCCAGUAAGAAGCCCAUCCUGUCUCUGCCAUCACGUAAGUUGAAUAAAGAGCAGGCAGCUGUUCUCAGUGCUGUGCUGAGUGGCAGGAACGUCUUCUUCACUGGAAGCGCAGGUACAGGAAAGUCCUUCCUACUGAAGAGGAUCAUGGGAUCUCUUCCUCCAAAGAGCACCUUUGCCACAGCCAGCACAGGAGUGGCUGCAUGUCACAUUGGAGGAACAACGCUACACAACUUUGCUGGUAUUGGCUCCGGCUCUGCACCACUGGAGCAAUGUAUCGAACUGGCUCAGAGGCCCGGGGUGCUGCAGCACUGGACUACCUGUCGACACCUCAUCAUCGACGAGGUCUCCAUGGUGGAGGCCCAGUUCUUUGACAAGCUUGAGUCGGUGGCCAGGUCAGUGAGACGGUCUACUGAACCAUUUGGAGGCAUCCAGCUGAUCGUGUGUGGGGACUUCCUCCAGCUGCCUCCUGUCUCGAAGGGAAAGGAAAAGGCUAGUUUCUGCUUUCAGGCCAGGAGUUGGCGUAAAGUCAUCCAGCUCAACAUGGAGCUAACAGAAGUGAGGAGGCAAACAGACCAGUCCUUCAUCUCCCUCCUGCAGGCAGUGAGGGUGGGCAGGGUGACAGAGGAAGUCACUGCUAAGCUGAUGGAAAGUGCCUACCAUCACAUCGAGAGAGACGGGAUCCUAGCGACCAGGCUGUGCACACACAAGGACGACGUGGAGCUCACAAAUGAGAACAAACUCCUGCAGCUGCCAGGGUCAGUGAGAGUGUUUGAGGCACUAGACAGCGAUCCGGCCCUAGUAAAGACUAUAGACGCUCACAGUCCUGUCAGCAGACUGAUCCAACUCAAAGUGGGAGCUCAGGUCAUGCUGACAAAGAACCUGGAUGUCGCUCGAGGUCUGGUGAAUGGAGCACGAGGGGUUGUGGUGGCUUUUGAGUCUGGAAAACAUGGACUCCCACGUGUGCAUUUCCUGUGCGGAGUCACAGAGGUGCUGAAGCCUGAGCGCUGGGUCUUUAAGUCCGGCGGUGGGAUCCACCUGAGUCGACAGCAGCUGCCACUUAAACUGGCCUGGGCCAUCUCCAUCCACAAGAGCCAGGGAAUGACACUGGAUUGUGUGGAAAUCUCUCUGGCACGUGUGUUUGAGAGCGGUCAGGCUUAUGUUGCCUUGUCUCGGGCUCGGAGUCUGGAAGGUCUGAGGGUCAUGGACUUUGACCCCCGCGUGGUCAGGGCAGAUCCAGAUGUUCUCGUCUUCUAUAGGAAACUGAGGAAGGAGAGGCUGCUCAUGCAGGCCUCCAUGGAUGAUUUUGUUGGCAACUGCAACAAAGAAAACUCUUGGUGAGACGGUGAAUUCAUCUACACCUGUAACAUUAUGCACUGUGUGCGUGAAUGAUGUGCCAAUUAUCGUCUUGUUUUAUUUCUCCUGGGACUGUUUGGUUUACUGGAACAAAUACAACCACAGACAUCUACCAUCUACCUCAUGUUUCCUGUUUUAACCGGCAGUACUAGAAGUCACACUGCCCCCUUCUGAUCAGUACUGUAAUUUCAUUUUUUUUAAGAGCUUAUUUUUAUGACUUGAUUUUUAAUUUAUUAUGAUUGCUGACAUGUAUUCCAAUAAAGUUUUAGUCAACU